GGGUUAACAAAAGCUGAGAAGGACAGCAUCACGGAGCCCGCCUCCUAAAUGUUGGAACAACAGCCCGCCAUUUUUCAAACGCAGAUUGACUUCAGUCGAGGUGAAAAUGGCUCCCAAAAAGCAGAAGGCACCUGACAUCAGCCGCUUUUUCACAAAGAUAGUGCCAAAGAUAGUGAAGAUUGAGAACAAUGGUGACUCCAUCAUGGCCGGACAUUUGCACCGCUUCAAAGUGAAGUUCAAUCCUAAUGACCGUGUGUCAUACACUGUAGACUGUGAUCAACCUCGCACAGUGCUGGAGGCCAUAAAAUCAACUGAAAGUUUUAAUCGGAACAUUAAGUGUUCAGAUGAGAACAUUGUGCUUCAGAUUGGUAAAGAGGAUAGGGCACCUAUUGUUCCAACACAUUUCCCUUGUACUUGUAUCGGGAACGGGGAGACUCUGAUUCUAUCAUGUGAAUCAGAAAAGGUUGAAGAGUCCAAAGUCCAACCUUACAAACCAAUACAGUUAAAAGACAACUAUUCUGUCUUCUACAUUGAUACAGUUGGAGGGCUGUACACCAAACAAAAGAAGCUUUUUAGAAACAACGCUGUAAAACAGUUCAAGCGUCUGUGUGUUUAUGGGGAGAAGGGGAUGACUGUGGAAGAGGCUCUAACAAGAGAUGGUCGCUUCAUUGCGGACCUUGGCAACUUCACUCUGUCUGACAACAGUGAUCCACACUCCAUCACUGAAUGUACACAAAAGGUCGACAACCUCGACCAAAAAGAAUUCAAGAUACGUCUUCCAAAGAUCAAGAGAGUUAGUGAUGAAAAACCACAGGAAAACCUAGGUGCAUCAAAAACAUCACAACAGAAGUGUGAUGCAGUUAUGGAUGCAGUAAAGCAGAGUGGGAUCAGUGUCAGGAAGGCAUUAGCAGAUACAGUCAGCACUGACAACACUGAGAAGGUUUACGAAUUACUGCGUGAACAGUUUCCGAUUCUGAAAGAAACGAUGGAGAAAAGGUUCCCUGGUGAUUCUUAUCAGAAAGCACUAGAGUUGAGGAAGGAAGACUUUGGAAAGAUCCAACAGUCAUUCAGUGAAGUUCACAGAGUCAAAAAGCUGCUGAAGCUGGGCGAGUCCGUUUGCAAAGUGGUUGUUAAGGAUUUUAGUCAGGGAACAGGCUUUGUGCUAUUUGACAACUUCAUCUUGACCAACGCACACCUAUUCAAAGAUUGUGUUACAGGACAAAAGCUGAUGGAGGGUACUGAUGUGUUUGUUCUCUUUAACUAUGAAGAACCUGAGCCACUAACAAAUUACUACUACUUCAAGCUGGUUCACUCUUACAUCUACUACAGUGAGAAUGACCUAGAUUAUGCCAUACUUGAGGUCAACCCUGAGGCCCAGAGAAAAGACCCAACAACACAAACAAAGAAACCGAAGGUGCCACCAGGGCUCCUGAAUAGAUUUGGUCCCAUGCCUCUGAAUGGGGAAGCCUGUAUCAUUGGUCACCCAGCAGGGGAAGUGAAAAAAAUGGAUCCAAUAUGCAUCAUUGAGAAAGAGAAGAGGGAGCAGGCGGUCAAUGAUCAUUUACAUUCAUACAAAGAUAAUAAGUUCAUUGUCUACACAAUCGCCAACCUUAUUAAAGAGCAAGGCAUUGACAACAUAAUGAUGGGUUCAAACAGAGUAAUCGAAGUGUCGACCUACAACACUUCCAUGUAUCACGGCUCUUCUGGCUCCCCAGUCUUUGAUGCUCAGGGCAGAGUGUUUGGUUUACACACUGCUGGAUUUCGUUAUGAGUUUCGAAACCUCAAAGGGCACGUUAUAGAGUACGCACUACCUCUGCUUACAAUAUUUGAACACUUUGUGAGUGAGCUGAGGAAAGAGAACAGGGAAGAAGAUAAGGAGCUGUUGAAGAGAGUUGAGAAAGAAGCAAAGGGAAACCCACACCUAGAAAAGGUUCUCAAUAUCAGGGCAACCAGCACUGAGGAGCCAUCAGCAGAGAAUGAUGAAACAGCAGACAGUGAUGAGUCAAUGGAGACACAAUAAGUAAUAAAGAGUUCUUGUGGCAAGUUGUCUCAGACUGGGCAUUGUUUAAAAACGACCAGUACCAAUACCAAUAGCCUUAAAGUGAUAUUAAUACCACCUGAGUACUUUGCUCAUACCUUUCCAUUGGUCUUCUUUAUUCAAUACCCUUUGUUUGAAUAAGAGCUGGACUGUCAAAAAUAAAAAAUAAAAAUGUGUUGUAGCUGCUGAGGUAGUUUUCCAAUCACACUUCACAUUAAAAUGAAGAAAAGUUGCAGUUUUGGCUUUUUUUCUAGAUCUGGUUACAAUUGGGAUCAAAUGUGGGUCAUUUUUGGUUGCAGACGAUUAUAUUGUAUUGUUUUGUAUAAUCAUACGACAUUUUUUAUGAUUCUUAAUUUGUGCCUCCUGUUUGUUUUGACUUCUUAGAUAUGCUGUUAUAUACUCAAUCAUACCAUGAUAUGUUUAUUAUUAACUGUACUCUGUCUUAUUUUUAUUGUUGGUGUACUUUAUAGCCAUUUUUGAUUUGUUUCUGGAGGUUUGUUGAAGUUCUGUAAGUUUAAUGUAUAUUUCACUCCUAUUUGUUCUCUUGUGAUGGGUUUGGAAGUUUAGUAUCAGGUUGGGUUUUAUAUUUUAUUUUGGCAUGUGUCACUUGUUUCGGUGAAGUGUCCUGUUUAUUUUACGGUAUUCUGGCUUCACCAAAGCUGCUUGGCAGACUUUUAAUAUAACUAUCUUCUCUUACUGUGUAGGUUAGUGGAAGCUCUGCAGAGUGGACCUGACAUUUUAUUUCAUUUCUUUCUUUUGUUUACUAUUUUAGCCUUGGUCUCAUCUACCAUUGUAUUCUGUUUUUAUGAUAUUUUAUGAUAAAAAAUAAAAUCUUCCAAAUCGG